GACUUGCAAUUCCCUUUCAUUUUUUAUGUGUGUGUUGUUGUCAGGUUUGGUGAAGGGGCAUGGAGAACUGUCACGUGACAGGAAAGAGUCGCGUGCCUCGGUCUCAAUACUACAGUGUAUUUGUUUGUAUGUUUCAGAUGAAGUUGUGAAGAAGAAAGACAGAAUGAGUGCUUCACAGUGUGAAAGGAUGGAGGAGAAGCUCUUCCGUCCGUUCACACGUGACACCCUCUUCAAUAUUGAGAGGCGUAUCGCCGAAGAGCGCGCCAAUAAGAGGGCGGAAAAAGUGGCCGAUUCAGACGACGAAGAUGCCGAGUCGACGACGGAAGAAGUCGAGCUAAAGCCGAACCCUAAACUGGAAGCGGGCAAGAAACUGCCGCCAUCUUAUGAUGAUUACUUCCCCUUGGAGUAUGUGGGGCGCCCCCUGGAAGAUUUGGACGAGUAUUAUCACAACAAAAAGACAUUCUGUGUGAUUGGACGAGACAAAACGCUGUUCCGCUUCUGCGCAGAAAACACCUUGAAAUUGCUGAGUCCCUUCAACCCUAUACGCAGAGUAGCCAUCUACAUACUGGUUCAUCCAUUGUUCAGUCUUCUAGUCAUAUUAACAAUCAUGGUGAAUUGUGUGUUUAUGACGUUACCCAACAAAGAUCUGUCGGACAAGUCUGAGCCAGUGUUUAGUGGUAUAUACACAGUUGAAGCAUUAAUUAAAAUCAUUGCUCGGGGAGUUAUCCUGGGGCAGUUCACCUAUCUACGAGAUGCCUGGAACUGGUUAGACUUUAUAGUUAUAACUUUAGCAUAUUUGACCUUGGUGUUGGAUUUAGGUAAUCUGUCAGCGUUACGAACAUUUAGAGUUUUACGAGCGCUUAAAACAGUAGCUGUUAUUCCAGGAUUAAAAACGAUUGUGGGGGCCUUACUAGAAGCAGUUAGACGUUUGAGAGAUGUAAUGAUCCUUACUGUCUUCGUCUUGUCCAUCUUCGCCUUGGUCGGCCUUCAGCUGUAUAUGGGCGCGCUUAGAUCCAAGUGUGUUGACAGUAUCCCCAACAACCUCACCGACCAAGAAUGGCACGAUUAUGUUUUCAACGAAUCAAACUGGUACAUUAAACAUGACGAGCCUGUCGUCUGUGGGAACACAACUGAUGCUGGGGAAUGUCCAGCUAACUAUUCGUGUAUCAAGGAAGUUGGGCCAAACCCUAACUAUGGCUAUACCAGCUUUGACAACUUCGGCUGGGCCAUGUUAUGUGCAUUCCGCCUGAUGACGCAAGAUUACUGGGAAAGCUUGUAUCAGUUGACGCUGCGGGCUCAGGGUCCCUGGCACAUGCUCUUCUUUGUCCUCGUCAUCUUCAUGGGGUCCUUCUACCUGGUUAACCUCAUCUUAGCUAUUGUCACAAUGUCCUACGACGAACAGCAGAAGCAGGACAAAGCGGACGCCGAGGAAGAGGAGGCCGAGCGACGGCAUGGGGAGGAACGAAGAGAGGCGGAAAUGGCCGAGCGACUGGAGCACGAGGUCAGCGAAAUAUUGGGGCAUCAGGGCAUAGUGAAAAGCCCGUCGGAUUUCUCUUGUCGUAGUUUGGACUCUUGUGGAAAUGGAGAGAAGAAACUGGACGAGAGAGAACGCCUGAGUAUUCACUCGGAGACGAGCAGUGACGUGCAGCGACGUCUUAGUGUAGCUUUAGCAAAUGGCAAAUCAAAACGGGCCAGUUUGAGCCUCCCUGGCUCCCCGUUCACUCCCCGGCGUGCCAGCCGGGCCAGUCAAUUCAGUUGGAGAAAGUCGAGGCCUGGUCGCGCCACAGACCGCACUCCACUUGUCUACUCCUACUUGGAAACCAUUAACCUACCCUAUGCCGACGACUCAAACGCAGUCACUCCAACAUCUGAAGAACUAUGCAAUGUACCUCAUAAAAAAGAUAUAUUUAAUGGUAGACGGGGUAGUUUUGUAUCCCACCAAAGUCGGCGUUCUCAUCCGGAUGGACCCAAAUCACCAUCUAGGAGAAGUAGUUUCGCUUCACAAAUAAGUCGAACAUCUCGGAACAGUAGGUUUUCCUUCCAUUCGCCUGGAGAGCACUAUAGGCCGAAAGAGAGCAAAGAAAGCAAACUAGAGAGUUUAUGGAACAAAUCGAAAGGAACCCACCUUCUACCGGAAGUUAUUGUAGACAAAACAAAGUCGGACGACAACGAGUCUUCCAGCGGAGAAACGGAUUGUGAGACGGCUAAACAGAAACUGUAUGCAAAUAACCCGUUCCUGUGUCGAACUCCCAGCACCACCGGUUUAGAUAUGAAAGAUGUGAUGGUAUUGAAAGAACUGAUUGAACAUGCAUCAGGUCCUAGGAGAAGUAAAAGUUUUGUCAGCGAGCUCAGCGGUUACAAGGAACCUAUGAAAGACAAAUUGUUUCGAUGGUUUUGUGUUUGGAACUGUCCCACGUGGUUCCUCGUUUUCCAGAAAUAUGUCCGCUUGUUUGUUAUGGACGCUUUCAUGGACCUCUUCAUCACUCUAUGCAUCUUAAUUAACACGUUGUUCAUGGCUAUAUACCAGUACCCCAUGGACGAGGAACUGGACACGAACUUGGAGAGAGGCAAUUUGGUAUUUACCGGGGUGUUCGCUUGUGAGGCCUUCCUCAAAAUUAUCGCGCUCAAUCCGCUGAACUAUUUCAAGGAAGGAUGGAACAUCUUUGAUUCGAUCAUCGUCUGUCUGAGCCUUCUGGAGCUAACACUGGAUGGGGUCGCAGGGUUAUCCGUACUACGAACUUUCCGAUUGCUAAGAGUGUUCAAACUGGCUAAAUCCUGGCCUACUCUGAACAUGCUGAUCAGCAUUGUGGGUCGGACGAUGGGCGCGUUAGGGAACUUGACCAUUGUCCUCGGCAUUGUCGUCUUCAUUUUCGCCGUAAUGGGACAGCAGCUUUUCGGCAGGAAGUACGUGAAAGUGGACGGUCAUUACCCUCGCUGGAGUUUUGUGGAUUUCCUGCAUUCGUUCAUGAUCGUGUUCCGCGUGCUCUGCGGUGAAUGGAUCGAAUCCAUGUGGGGAUGUAUGAAGGUCGCCGAUUGGCCGUGUGUCCCGUUUUUUCUUCUCACCAUGAUUAUAGGCAACUUGGUGGUUCUUAACUUGUUCUUAGCUCUUUUGCUUAGCGCUUUUGGUGCGGAGAGUUUGCAGUCCGGGAAAGGCGACGAUGGAGAAGUCAACAAGCUGACGGAGGCUCUUGACAGGUUCAACCGAUUCUUCGCGUGGGUCAAAGUUCAUAUCAUAGUUUGUUUAAAGAUGAGGGUGGGCCGGAAGCGGAAGGAGCGAACGACCCUGGUGAUCGAACCUGCUGUGACCCGUGUGGAUGUGAACGGAAAGGAAGUGGUGGUAGAUGGCCAACUAAUGAUGAGAAACGGUACGCUUCGGGUGGAGACAAACGAUCAACCGUCUGAGGCCCCCACUCGUCCGGCCAGUCAGGCUUCGUCAUGCCGGGACUAUCAUGACGGGGAGCCGCGAAGUCCCGUAGACUCGCACAUUUCCGGCAGUUCCAGCUCCCUGUCCACGCCUGACGAGACGAACAUCAACCUGAAGGUGCAGGUAGAGGGCGAGCCUCAGAUCAACGAGGUGGACGUUGUCUACGUUCAGUAUCCGGACGACUGUUUCUGUAAUAUCUGCAUCCGGAAAUGUGCGUGUUGCACCACCUGCCCCAAAACCAAGAUAGGUCAGCUGUGGUGGAAGCUCAGGUGUGGCUGUUACACCAUGGUGGAGCACAAAUACUUCGAGGCCUUCGUCAUGACGAUGAUUGCUGCCAGCAGUAUAUCUCUGGCCAUUGAGGAUGUGUAUCUCCGAGAACGCCCAAUUCUACAGCUCAUCCUGUCUAUUCUCGACCGUAUCUUCACCAUUGUCUUUAUCUUAGAAAUGAUUCUGAAGUGGGUAGCCUUCGGCUUCAAGAAAUACUUCACCAACGCAUGGUGCUUGCUAGACUUCUUCAUCGUCUUUAUCUCAAUUCUCAUGUUUGGAGCUGAGUUGCUGGAGCUGCCAAAAAGCGGCGCGUUCAGAGCUAUGAGAACACUACGAGCGCUAAGGCCUCUCAGGGCCGUCUCUCGUUGGGAAGGGAUGAAGGUUGUCGUCAAUGCAUUGAUCAAGGCUAUACCCUCCAUCUUUAAUGUAUUCCUGGUAUGCGUUGUGUUUUGGUUGAUAUUUGGCAUAAUGGGAGUACAACUGUUUGGAGGCAAGUUUUGGAAAUGUGUCGAUGAAGACAAGAAGCGACUGCCAGCUUCGAUUGUCGAUAAUAAGACGCAGUGUGAUAUGUACCCCGAGUAUGAAUGGGAAAACUCUAAAGUCAACUUCGACAAUGUCCUCAAUGCCUAUCUGGCUCUCUUCCAAGUGGCUACUUUCAAAGGAUGGGGUCCUAUUAUGAAUGACGCCAUAGAUACACGAAAGAUUGACGAACAGCCAAUACGGGAAAUCAGCAUUUAUUACUACCUGUACUUCGUCCUUUUCAUCACUUUUGGCUCUUUUUUCACCCUCAAUCUAUUCGUUGGUGUUAUCAUUGAGAAUUUCAACCAGCAGAAGAAAAAGGCUGGUGGCUCCUUGGAAAUGUUCAUGACAGAAGACCAGAAGAAAUACUACAAAGCCAUGAAGCGUUUGUCGUCGAAGAAACCACAGAAAUCCAUUCCGAAACCCAAGUUUUGGCUGGCAGGACUCUGUUACGAUUUGACCACGAACCAGAAGUUUGACAUUGCCAUUAUGAUUAUUAUCAUGCUCAAUGUUCUCACGAUGACGAUGGAACAUUUCCAACAAGAAAAGACGUUUUCCGAUGUAGUCCAUUAUAUCAACUUGGCCUUUGUCAUCAUCUUCACGUUCGAGUGCGUUCUGAAGCUGGUAGCCCUCCGUCAUUACUACUUCAAGGAGCCCUGGAACGUGUUUGAUUUCACAGUUGUUGUAAUCUCUAUUCUAGGCAUGAGUUUGAAGAAGUUUAUCGAGGAGUACCUGGUGGUUUCUCCAACCAUGCUAAGGGUAGUGAGGGUGUUCCGUGUGGGUAGAGUCCUCAGACUUGUCAAGUCGGCCAAAGGCAUCAGGACUCUUCUCUUCUCCUUGGCCGUAUCACUGCCCGCUUUGUUCAACAUUGGCUUGCUUCUCUUCCUUGUCAUGUUCAUCUACGCCACCUUCGGAAUGUCGUUCUUCAUGAACGUGAAGCACACCGGUGGACUCGAUGACUGCUUCAACUUCGAGACUUUUGGCCGGAGUUUAAUAUUGUUGUUUCAAAUGUCGACGUCAGCAGGUUGGGACGGGACAUUGUCUGGCAUCAUGAAUGAAGAGGACUGCGAUCCAGGUGACCCUAAAGAUCCAGAUUCCAUUAGUAAUUGCGGGAAUGCCACAGCCGCCGUGUUGUAUUUGGUCACGUAUCUUCUUAUCAGUUUCCUGGUUGUUAUUAACAUGUAUAUCGCUGUUAUCCUUGAGAACUUCAGUCAAGCCACAGAGGAUGUGCAGCAAGGUCUGACGCCGGAUGACUUUGAUAUGUAUUACGAAAAAUGGGGAAAGUACGAUCCCAAUGCUACACAGUAUAUUCCAUUGCAUCAUGUAUCUGACUUCAUAGAUUUUCUGGAAGAACCACUUAGGUUGCCCAAGCCGAACCAUUUUAUGCUGGUGAAGUUAGAUAUUCCUAUCUGCGAGGGAGACAGGUGUCACUGUGUGGACAUUCUAGAUGCUCUGACUAAAAACUAUUUAGGAACAACAGAUACAGAGGCAGUGCCCGCUGAUGUGGCACCGAAGGCUAAAGAAAAAGUCGACUAUGUUGUUGUUAGUUCUACAUUAAAAAGGCAAAAAGAACAUUAUGCUGCCCGAAUUAUUCAGCGAGCUUAUCGGCGUCACAGGCAAAAACGAUUAGACUCAGGCGUAGAGUUACCGCCUAGAAGGGAAGUCGAAGAGAGUGAAACGGAAGCGGAGGUUGAGAAAGACAAUAUGGACGAUGACAUUGAAGACAUUGAUAAAUCUGCCAAGGACUCGGAUUCUUCGCCUCGCGAGGGCAAAACUGUGGAGUUGUAUGCGCAUAGUGGUGUGGUCGCUUAAGAAGAAAUGCUUGCAUUCCGAGUGCCCAGUCCAAGUCUGUCGGAGUGUUUAAAUGAAAGUGCACUGUAAUAAACUGGAUUACGGACGGAUGAUGUCACGAAAAAUAUUCUCGUAGCGGUAGCUCUCGGUGAGGAAGUUGUCGUAAGUGUAUUUUACGACGUUGUUGUUUUUGGUUGGUGAAAAGGAUGUAAAUGUGAUUUGCUAAGCAUCUGGUUAUUGGAAAAGCUACUGUGGCAGAGUACACAAUACAGAUUUUAUGUAUUGGAAAAGAACUCAACUUGAGAAGGGUUGAAUUCGCCGUGGACAUGAAUGUGUGGAUUUACCCCCAUCUGAUGUAGGGGUCAUAUUCGACGAGAUACCAAUGCCACGUGAUACGUGCUUUACUUAGACACUGUUGUGGCCAAUGAAAUCGCCAUUGAUAAAGCUCAUUUACAUUAUUCUCUCGCACGCAUGUCUAUUUUUAAUCAUUUAUUUAUGGCGUAACGUGACUGUUUUUUCUCUGUAUACGGGAUGCAAUGGUAGCCGUGCUGUUUACGUGACAUAUUGUUCACUUCUUUCGGAAAGUUACUUUUUAGCCUUGUCAUUUCCGGUUUGACUUAUAGCAGUUAGGCUUUUAGUGUUUAUGAUUUUGAGUAGUAUCGCAUUGAUCAUGUCGGUACAUAGUGAUACCAGUCUUCCCACGGCUAUCCAAUUCUCUGUGAUUCGAGCAAGAUGCUUGUAUUUGUAUGGCUUAUUCAUCAAUGCUGAGUAGCAGCUACAACCACCGAACAACCACUGACUGUCCCGACACUGGAUGUACAUGUAUACGACAACACUCUUGUCGUGAGAGAGGAUGCUACCCUUGGAAUUUCAAUCAUUUUCCACGUGUAUAUUUAUCCGAGUGACUUGUUUGUCGUACAGCGUAUAGAGUGUUUGAUAACCAUGGAAUUAUCAAGGGCCAAAAUAACAAAUACGGUGUUUCAAACAGGCCGUUACACGCUGCAGCUUUUGCUUGUAUUGCCUACAAUCUAUAGUUGUCUUUCUGUGAUAGUCCAGGUCUGAGGCUGGGUAUGGUUACAUCAUAACAUCAACAUGUUUUACAGACAUUCCCCCUUAUUCUGCUGCGAAACAAGGCAAAAACAAGAAUGUAACUCUUUAGAAAUGAGGUGUCACUAGCCCAACCUUCACAUCGUUUUAUCUUGUAGGAACCGUUAGAUUUCCGUUAUACCGACAAAACUUGCGCCUUCUCUAAAACGGCUCAAUUUGCGACAUUGGUGUUAGAACUUGGGCCAUAGUCGAAACGGCUUCUUCUCCCUUAAGUUAAGGUGUAUCCCCCGCUCACCACCCUUCCCAAGGAGAGUAGUAAUAGUAAACCUCCAGUGACGCGAUCGGAAAUGUAGAAGUCAAUGCAUGACAUAUACAUCGAUCACAAAGCCGCGCAGAAAGCCAAAAUUAGCCAAAUCUGAAAACAAAAUAUGCAUUAGAAAUGGUUUAACUCUCUUAGCUUGAUAUUUCUGGGAUUUUUAUUUGAACCGCAUGAUCUCUUGUGCAGGCUGAUUAGUUAAGGCCGUAAAACAUAAAAGCAUACGGGUAGAUGAGGUUGUAGUCCACUCCUGCAGAUCGGUGCAGGCAAGUAAAUGAUGGAAUCGUAAGUGAAUGUCAGGUGGUCACCAAGUGGACUGAACUGUAGCUUAGCGGAAGGUGGAUAUGAUGUCGUAUCAUCCACGAUGUGCAAAAGACUGUAAAGCUUAGUGGAAGUUUGGGACAAUUGGCCGCGGACAAAUCCCUCUGACCACCUCUUCUGACAUUUAUUAAUGCAAGCGUUUUUUAGUUGAUUGUUCAUAGCUGAUCUGAUUGUUGUGCACAAGGAAUUGCCUUCGAAAUAAAAUACUAGCUACAUGUGGUAAAAUACCUAUAGUUAGUUAGAAAUAAACCGUUAAAAACCACACAUCGCGUCACAUUACACACGGUGUUUCUUGCUUUCCACAUAAAAUCUGCCACUCAUAUGUCCCACCGUGUGAUAAUGCGCAAUGUGUCCGCUAAUUGGGUAUACCAUAAAUAUCACAAAGUAGGCUUCAAAUUAAGUCCUAGGUGAUUCCAAGAUUCAGGUGAGUAUACCCUCCCAGUUGAUGAUUGCGAUUUGUAUCCACAUUUACCAAAACAAUCUGAAUCGGUAUCUUCACGUUAGAAAUACUUCUUUCUUUUCGUGGCUACGGUUUUAUCAGUCUUCAUCAGAUGACAGAAUCAAUGUCAACCAUGCAUUUCGGUGACUAAAUUGUCUCGCUAACUGCACGGUGGCUGUGUCAUAUUCCCCCCUUGUCACCGGAUACAUAUCACCCACCCCUUUGGUGGUUGAUUUUGUUUCACCAUUACUGUGAACUUUUCUCAAAGAUAUAUGCAAGUACUUAUAUAAAACACGUCUUUGUUUAUGUAUUUUUUUCUUUUGUUUAUCAAAUUGCAUAACUGUGAUGAUCUGUUUAAACGAAGUGAAGAUUUGAUGACGUAUGAACUCUAUAAUCACGUAACGGCAAGAUUUGGUGACGCAUGAAUUCUAUAAUCACGUGACGUGCAUAUUCUGCCGUAGAUUAGACUAAAUGCUGACUUACGAUUGUGAAAAUGUAGACGUGUUUUCCGCUGAGAAAUGUAAACUUUUCCCAAUUUUAGAAAGAGUUAUACUCGCUCUUUUAAAUUCUCGUAGAUGCACUUUUUUCGAAUCGUUGGUGAUCUUAUAGAUAUUGUAGGUGUCACUUACCACUUGUCUCUCUCCACUGUAAGAAGAAGACGUCUUGACCUACUUUUAAAGUAGCUUUUUUCGUCUAUCUUCACAUCGUCCUAAGAAUAUCCUGGCUCAGACCACACUAAUACGAGUUAUGGGUGAAAUUUGUCACCUGGAACGAUACUAAUGCUGUGUUCUUUCAAGCGUAUGGGUUGGAAGGCCGUUAUUCUGAGCGUUUCUUUAUAUAUCAAGUGAUCUUAAACGAGUCACGUGGCACAAAUCACGCGAUAUUUAGUGGGCGUCAGACUGACGGCAAUCUCGCUCAGAUGCUCUCUCCGCGCAGGGUUGGUCUAUGACAGGUUACAUGGGGAAAGACAUGUCCCGAGUGUAAAUGUAUAGCAUAUUGUUUAUAUCUGGUAUAACAGCUGCUUUCUAAUGGACACAACCCUGGUUGGAGAGUGGUUCAUGAAAGAACAACAGACAUCUUUCAACUCAGUCGGCGUAUUUUGAUCUGUCAGGUUAAUAUUCUCUCGUUCAAUUUACCAAGCAGAAUUUGGCAGAUAGUGUAAAACGCUUUUAUCGCAACGUAUAUUGCAGAUCUAUUGACUUUUCCCCUCCCCUCUUUCCCUUCGAUCUUACAGGUCACGUGACUCCUCUGCUCGCUUGGCUUGAUGGUGUCUCCAUGUCACGUGUAGAUGGUCUGCACUACCGUGUCCCAAUCAUUACUUCACUGUAUUAUUAUAACUAAAGAUAUCAUAUGAAAUGGUGUAAUACAUUUCUUUGUAAAUAAAAUCUUUG